AUCUAAACACACAAAACAUUAGUGUUUAUAUCUUAACAAUGGCUUCCAACAAGGUUAAUGCACUCAUUAUAUUGCUUUCUCUUCUUUCUUAUUCCACAUUUUCACAUGCUUGUGAAUCAUGCUAUCCAAAACCAAAACAUAGUCCUCCACCACCUUCCAAAAAUCCUACGCCUUGUCCUCCACCUCCUUCAACAACACCUAAGGCGAGUCCUCCUCCUACUCCAUCAACACCUAAGGCAAGCCCUCCUCCAACUCCAUCAACAACACCUAAGGCUAGUCCACCUCCCACUCCAUCAACACCUAAGGCCAGUCCUCCUCCUACUCCAUCAGCAACACCUAAGGCUAGUCCUCCACCUACAGCUAGUGCUCCUACUCCUUCAUCAUCACAAAAAUGUCCAAGUGACACUUUAAAGCUAGGUGUUUGUACUGAUCUUCUUGGACUUGUUAAUGUUGUUGUUGGAAGUCAAGCUUCAAGCAAGUGUUGUACAUUGAUUCAAGGUUUGGCUGAUUUGGAUGCAGCAGUAUGCCUUUGUACUGCUAUUAAGGCUAAUGUUCUUGGUAUCAACUUGAAUGUUCCUGUCACACUCAGUCUUCUACUCAGUGCUUGCCAAAAAUCUGUUCCAUCUGGUUUCCAAUGCUCAUAGAGUUUCACCUUAUAAGUCCAAGCCAAACAAAUACUUAUGCUACUUCUAUUUCACUGUUUUUUUUAAUUAUAGUUUAAGUUAAUAAUUGGAACCACAAUGAGUUUAACAAAAUCACGGUAACAUCGUGAUUAUGCUAAAUUAUCAUCAAUCCAAAUGUACUUUGAGUUAUUUCAAUAAUGGAGUAAGCAUGUUUGCUUUAUUUACCAACUUUGUUCUAUUUAAUUUUAAUAUAU